AUGCUCACCAAGAACCUUCUCAUCGGCCUUGUCAGCCUCGUGGCUGUCGCCGAGGCUUCUGCCAUCCACCGACCCUUUGACCACAUCAUGAGCCGACGCGCCGUGCGAUCUCUCCAGGGUCUCCAGCCUCGUCAGUUCGGCAAAGGCAACAAGGGAGGCAACCAGGGAGGCAACCAGGGAAACAACCAAGCCCAAAACAGUGGCGGCAACAACAACAACGGCGGCAAUGCUGCUGCUGCAUCACUCACCCUGGAUUCGAAUGCUCUUCAAACCGGCUCUGCAUCAAAUGGUAACCCUAACACGACUGCUGGCGAAUCAGCAUCCAAAACUGACAACGCCAACUUCAUCAACUUCUGUUCCGGCCUGAUCCUCACAAACGGUCUGCAACAACAGGGAGGAUCAUGUAACGGUAUCCCCAUGGGUAACAUUCCUUCCACCGAGAACAUGGUGUCGAGUGUCCUGGUCAACCCGCAAAACAACGACAAUGUCGCCGCCAACCAAGACUUCGACAUCCAAGUGCAGGUCGCCAACUUCGCUCCCGGUACCUUCACCAACGCCGAAAACACCUACUACUCAGCGCCGCAGGACUUGAAUGCCCAGGGCCAGAUCAUCGGCCAUACGCACGUCUCGGUGCAGGAUACCGGCAACGACCUGAACCCCACGCAACCUCUGGAUGCUAAGCAAUUCGCCUUCUUCAAGGGUAUCAACGAUGCCGGAAACGGCAAGGGACUGCUUUCCGCAACCGUUACUGGUGGUCUGCCCGCUGGUAACUACCGUGUCUGCACCAUGACCUCCUCGGCCAACCACCAGCCCGUCCUCAUGCCCGUCGCCCAACGUGGUCCCCAGGAUGACUGCGUCCGAUUCACUGUUGGUGGCGCUGCCGCCAACAAUGGCCAGAACAAUGGUGGCAAUGGUGGAAACAACAGUGGGAAUAACAGCAAUAAUGGCAAUAACAACAAUGCUAACAGCGCCUCGCAGGCAAAGGCAACUAGUGGAUCCCUUGGCGGCGCCCUCCCGCAGGUCACCGACUCGGGAGACAGUGACAGGCCGUUCUCGGUUGCAGGGAACACCUUCACCAGCAAACAAACGGCCGACCUGAGGGCGUGCGACAUCCAAAACAAUGCCUGCUUCAAUGCGGCGAAUGCCGGGGGAGCCAGUUUCUCGACCAGCGACUGCACCAGCCAACAACAAGCCUGCCAAGCUGCGGCCUAA